CCCGUGACAUUCGUAAAAUGGUUUUGAUUGAACCUUAUUAUGGACCUACGCCUAGAGUGAGCGAAAAAAUACGCGAAAAAUGCCAGAAACUGAUAUUAACAGACGAGCAGGUAGAGAAGCUGAUAAAACUGCUGAUCAAGGAGAUCAACCUUGGCCUGGGAAAAGCAACACAUCCCGCAGCGGAUGUCAAGUGUUUUGCUACCCACGUGCAGGAUCUGCCAAAUGGGCAAGAAAGGGGCAAAUUUCUGGCUCUUGAUCUUGGCGGUACUAAUUUACGAGUGUUACUGAUUCACCGUGAGGAUGCAAAUGAUUUCGAAACGCAUUCGAAAACUUAUGCCAUUUCAGAUGAUAUUAUGUGUGGCAGUGGAGAACAACUGUUUGAUUAUAUUGCCGAUUGUUUAGUUAAUUUUACGAACGAACAGUCAGUGUUUAAUGAACGACUACCUCUGGGCUUCACAUUUUCAUUUCCGCUAAUACAGCUUGGUUUGAACAAGGGUAUUUUAGCUGGAUGGACAAAAGGAUUCACAUGUUCCGAGGUUGUUAACCAGGACAUAGUUCAGCUAUUGAGGGAUGCUCUUGACAGACGAACGGAUGGCAAUAAAAUCGAAAUAUGUGCCAUUCUCAACGACACCGUCGGAACGCUGAUGUCCUGUGCCUGGAAGAAUAGAAACUGUAGAAUCGGAUUGGUUGUCGGCACCGGCUGCAACGCAUGUUAUGUCGAAAAGGUAGAGAACUGUGAACUGUUCGACGGCAGCAAUGAUCCUUCCAAACAGUACGUACUUAUCAACACCGAAUGGGGUGCGCUCGGUGAUAACGGUGCACUGGAGUUCGUGCGGACAGAGUACGAUCAAAUGAUCGAUCUCUGCAGUACAAACCCUAAAAAGCAGACCUUCGAAAAAAUGACCUCCGGCUUGUAUAUGGGCGAGCUGGUUCGCCUGGUCAUUGUAAAAUGCACCAUGGCGGGAUUGCUGUUUCAUGGAGUCCAAUGCAGCAAGCUGUUCAAACCUGGUCGGUUCUUUACCAAGUACGUGUCUGAAAUCGAAUCAGACCCGCCAGGAACCUACAAGUCUUGCCAUGAUGUGCUAGGUGAAUUGGGCCUAAAGGAUGUCACCGAUGAGGACUGCGCGAACUUGCGCUACAUCUGCGAGUGUGUAUCGAGCAGGGCGGCCCAUUUGGUGGCCGCCGGAAUUGCUGCGCUCAUCAACAAGAUGGACGAAAAGAAUGUUACUGUCGGUGUUGAUGGUUCGGUAUAUCGCUACCAUCCACGGUUCCACGAUCUGAUGACCGAGAAGAUCGGAAAGUUUGUGAAACCCGACAUUAGCUUCGAUGUAAUGCUGUCGGAAGACGGUUCGGGCCGUGGGGCGGCACUGGUAGCUGCUGCGGCACGUAGAGAGACGCGACAAGAAAUACUAAAUUCUUAG